AUGCUCGAGGCCUAUCGAGCAUUGUUCGAGCGAUCCUGUGAUGCUAUUACAGCUUUCGCCGCUGCUCUCCGAGAUAUUUACUCUCGUCGUGGAUUCGAAGCUCUCUCUUCAAGAAACAAAAAAGAGCGCGCGAUUGACCCUUUCCGAUCGGGAAUAACUCAAGCCGUCCAGUGGUAUAGCAAUCUGUCGGAUGAAAUUGGCACAAGGGCCCACGCCCAUCUGGAGGCGGUGGAGGCAGUCACAGUCAAUCCUGUCCCAGACAGUCCGCUUUUAGAAGCUGGAUCUGACCGCGCCCCCCCCUCGAAACCGCAAACAGUUUCAGGACUUUUCCCAGGACGUGCUAGUCGGUCACUACGUGAGGCGUGUCCAGCCUGCUUCGGGGGCGGUGAUGUGCAGCUUGGAGGCGAUGGCUGCAUGGGCUAUCGUCACCUCUGUGCUGCUGGUGAUAGCCCAAUCUUCUUCACGCCGAAGUUCUUUGUCCCCGAGGCGACUGUGAGGCAGGUCCAGCUGCGUAUUGCCGCAGCUCGCAAGCAGCCACCGAAGCGCAAUGUAGUCCCUGCUGUGCCACCUGAGGUCCUGGACGCAUGUGAACAGUCGUUCAAAGCUGCAAAGGAGAGGGACUCGAGCACAACCUCCCGGAACUUCGACUCUAGUGGCGUCUUUGUCCUGGCCUGCCGACAUUCACAAGUAAUUGCAAUGUGCGAUAUCUACACACCAGGCGAGCAACAGCAUUACAUUAUUGCUCUCAUCGAGCGGGUAGCAUCUCUUCUCCCCCUCAAGCCACUAUAA